CGGCACCGCUGUUACUGACAAGUGUCUGCUGAUUUGUGACAACGCACCAUGCCACACGGAUCUGGAACGUGUGUUCCAAGAGGACCGUUACCAAUCAGGGAGGCUAUUGCGACUCGCCCCAUAUUCGCCUUCACUGAACCCCAUAGAAGGCGUUUGCAGUAUCAUCAAGGCGAACGUCAAACAAGCCAUACGGUGCGGAUAUCCCGAGAUGCUGCGAGGAGAUCCAGCUAGUGAGCUCAGUAAAAUAGCAUGGAGGAUCCAGUUCCUUGAGAAGAUUAUAUCGGAAGCACGAGCCAGCGUUACGCAGCACCAUUGUAAACAAAUGGUGGAACAUGUCAGUGCGAAGUACGUGCGUGCAAUACACUUAAUGGAUCUGUAAACAUCUUUCAUUUCCCU